AUGGCCGAGUGGGACGAACGGUGCAACUGGUCGGAUGACUCUGAGGCCGAGAAGAAGCGCCGUGGGCCCAUCCGGCUUGCCGGCGCCAGUGGCGGCUACGGCUCCGGCGGACGGUUUGGGGCCGGCCGGAGCGAGUCCGGCUGGCUCCCUGCCUGGCUGACCUCGUCGGGCCACGUGCGGUCACGGGGCGUCCUGGUGGGCCUUGCCCUCUUCAUGGUCAUUGUCAUCUACCUCAUGCCGCUGGAGCAUCACCUGGGUGAGGCGCCUCAGCCGCUGGAGACGCAGGCAGGCGGCGAGGGACUCAAAAACCCUGCGGCGGCGCUGCCGUCGCACGCCGGCGUCCGCGGCGCCGUGGUCCUGCCGGCCAACGAGGUGGACGGAUCGGAGACACUGAUGAUUUUGAUGUUGUCGGACAAUGCCUACCAGGUGUGGCAGAUGCGCCUCUUCCACUACCACUACCUCAAGGUCAAGCAGCCGGGCAAGCUCGUCACCAUCGUCUCCUCGCCCGGCCGGGCUGAGCCUUCGUUCUCGUGCGACGAGCCGUUCAUGACCUGCCCCAUCUUUAUCACUGACGACUACGCCACCGCGCCCAACGGCGACCACUUUGUGGUCUACAACCGCGCCGAGGGCCUGCGGGAGUUCCUUAGCGCCUUCCGCGCCGGCUCGAUCGCCAGCCUCGAUCCGGCCGUCCUCACCAACGUGGUCAUCGUCGAGCCGGACUUUCUCCUCAUUAAGCCGAUCACCGCCAUUGCCGCCCGCCACGCUCCGGUUGGCCACCACUACUUUUACAUGGAGGCCGAUUACCCGUGGUCCAACAACUCGUACGUGAUCAAUAACUGCUCGCCGCGCCCGGCCGCCGUCGCGCCCAUCGGCGUGCCGUACAUCAUCCACGCUGACGACCUGUGGCAGAUCCUGCCGGCGUGGAUCGAGUCGACUCGCUGGAACCGCUUCCCGCAGCCGUGGGCCAACAACGAAAAGUCGUGGAUCGCAGACAUGUGGGGCUUUGCCUGCGCGGCCGCCUCCCUCGGCUGGAACUCGAUCGCCGACAAGCAGCUCGCUCCCGAGCCGCCCAUGGACGCUGACAUCUCCCAUCGCUCGGUCGCUAUUCACUACACCUACGGACAGGAAGUCGGCAACUUUGCCUUUAACAAGCGCGACUGGUUCGGCCCUCCUGUCCCGCGCCCGCUCCCUCCCAUCCCAGACGAGGCCUCGCCGCUGCAGCAUCUCUGGUACGACCUCAUCAACGAGGCCCUGCUCAAUGUUUUGGCAAGGCCGACCGGUGGUAUGUGCUGGUCGUUUGAGGUCUCGCUGGGCUUUGCCUCGCUGGAGAUUGCGGGCAUGGUGGCGCUGGCGUGGCGUGGAGGGCGGCGCGACUGGGCGGUGCUCCCGCUGCUGACGCUGCUGACAGGGAUGGAGUUGAUCGAGGCCGGGCUUUGGCUGACUGAUCCGACGCCGUGGCCGCCGCCGCGGCGGGCGACCUGCUCCUCGACUGCCAACAGCUUGCUUACCCAUCUGGCGGCGUUGGAUCUGUUUGCGCAGCCGAUGGCUGUCAACUGGUUCGGAGCAAAGGCGGCUAAUGGCGCUGCCGCCCGCCUCGCCCACAGAACCUGCUUCACUCUUGCCUGCAUUGUGGCGGCAGCGGCGGCAGUGGCAUCGAUCUGGCCGCAGGCGUUAGUCCGGCUAAGCCACGCCGACGUCAUCGACGCCUCGCACUCGUUCGGCGUCGCCACGUGCUCGUUCGUCGGCCCGCACGGGCAUCUGCUGUGGCAGUUUGGCGUGCCCGCUGGCAUCGCCACCAUGGCCGUCAUGCCUAAUCAGUUUGUUUGGGCGCUGCUCUGGUGCGCACCGCUGGCUCUCUUCUUCCGCCCGCGUCGCGUCGGCUGGAUCCUCCUCGCCAUCUUUGCCGUUCUCUUUGGCGCAACCUGGUUGUGGCUCGACGGCUCGGCCGAGACGCUCUCGGUCUUCUGCUGGCUCGGCAUUGCCGUCCACGGGUAUGCACUGGCGCUGCCGUGGCUCGCUCCUGAGCGUCCGUCCUUUCACCUCAAGCGCAGCUAG